ACAAAACACAGGCAUGAUCUGAUUUGCAGCAUGGUUUCCGACAAACAGCUGCUGCUUCCUCUAAUGGAGUUUUUAUCUUUACGAGUGGGAAGUUGAACUUUGUCUCAUCUCGGACCUCUUCCGCUCAGGCACAGCCAGAUGAAAGUGGGCACGCAGCUCUUCCGCACACGGACCUCACUCUGUUCUUAGCUAAGUCAGUCUCCAGGGAUUGAAGCAACAUUCAGAAGGCCUUCUGCUCUCUCUCCCGCUAAGAUGUUGCUCGUGAUCUUUGUCUUCGAGUCUCUUUCUUGCCGGAGUGCGACUGCCCGUGGUGUAUAUUUUCCACAUGUUCCAAAUAUGGACAAUGUUCACGAAGCAGUCUCCAGUGUGCCUGAAGAUGUGAUCGAUGAGACAGGAUCAGCCUUCACUGAAAAGAUGAAGAGCAUCACCAAGCAAAUGGGCACGAAUUGUUCGAUAUGCUCUGUGGAUAUGCAGCAAUUUCAGCUUCCAGAAGGGAAGAAGAACCUGAGCUUUUCCCCUUGGGAUGUCAACCCCGACCUGGUGGAGUUGUUCUCUGCCUUCUUCCAGCCAGAUAGACUACCGCUAAGCAUGGUUGUGAGCAGGCCUGGCCUCUUCACUCUGCGUGAUAUUCACCAAAAAGUGGUCCGUAAAGUACAUGGCCUUCUAGUGGCCUCUCCACAAACCAAGAAGGAAUUUUCAGCCAAAAUUAGUGUGGUACCCAAUCCAAACAUGGAUCCUAGCAAGUUUCCAAUUAUCAUGGGCAUUGACAACGGCACACGCUGCAUUUCUAGUGGGAUGGCAUCCCGGCCAGUGCUGAAGCUAGAAAACCGGAGAAUCCUGGACUUGUACCGUAACAGUAAUGAAGCCAAGCGUUUCACUUUCACCACCUCUUUCAAGGACAACACACAACGCUUCGAGUCAGUUGCUUUCCCAGGCUGGUACCUGAGCACAUGUCGCCACAGCAACAGGCCUCUGCAGUUAACCAACCGUCUUGGGGCAGAAAAAAUCACUGAUUUCUACUUCAGGAAGGUUUAAUCAGCCUGUACUGGCUCUGGGUGUCCAUCUUAGUCUCUCUGAUUGAGCCUCUUGGUGCAAAUGAAUUCAGGAGUAGUGCUUGGAUAUUUUCUGACCAUUUCCUGCCUCUUAGGAAAAAGAUGGCUUUGUAUCUUGGUGGCAUUCAGCAGUUUCCACCUCCUUCAAAUUCAAGACAGAAAAUUUUGUAUGUGAGGAUGAAGCACAUAUGCCUUCUGCAGCAAACUGCUGCCCAAAUGCCCAAGAGACUGUGCAGUUUGUGGAGGGAAGUUUCAGAGGGUAGCUGUGUCAGUCUGCAGUUGAAUAGCCAACAAUUUCAUACCUGCUUCCAUGACUAUUAGAAAUGAACAACCCCCAAAUGAACACCUGCAAGCACAAGAGUCUUCUGGAAUAAUCCUUGAAGGGAGCAAAAGAAUAUUUGAGCUGCAUCUUAUUUAAUUGGGUUGCUUUUGUUUAUGAAGACUUGAUUGGAGCUGAGUUUGAUCCCUGGGCCUUUAUAGAAAAAAUGGAUGGGAGGAGGGGGGAUUGCUCAACCUUUUCUCAUCUCAUGUCUGGGAGGAGGGUUAAUUGUGAUUCCCAGUGCUAAAAUUAUGCUCCUUUCUGGUUCCUCUUCAAGAUUUGGUCAUCAGUACUGGGUGAUCCGACAAUGGUCAAAGCACUUCCGGAUGAAGUUAUGUCAACAUUUUGAAGACUUUCUGCAAUUUCUCCAUUUAGUGAUUUCUCAGUAGUGGGAUUUAGUCAUAAUGGAAUCACAAAACAGACUGACUUCCUCUUUUCCUCCCAGAGUAGGGGAAACAAAGUCGAGAAAUGGCAUCUAAGGGGAGGGGUCAUGGCUCAGCUACAAAGAAAAAGUGUUGCAUGCAAAAGGUUCCAACUGAAGUCUCUGGCAUCUUUAGUUAGCAGUUACCAGGGGGCAUACAUUGAAAAUGCUGGAGGGAAGCAUUA